GAGUUUCUUGCAGGCUUGGACCGUGGCGUGACCCGUUCGGCUCUCAACGCAGAACUCGCGGAGGCUGCUCAAGCGGGCAAUGUUCCGCGAGUUCUGCAGGCUCUCGACCGAGGGGCAUUGCUGGAUGUUACCAACGAGUAUGGUGAGACUCCCACAUUCCUAGCUGCAAUGGCUGGCGCCACCGAGGUGAUCAAAUUACUUGCAGAACGCAGGGCAGACCUCACGCUGUCGGACAAUGCCGGCAUCAGCCCGUAUCGUGCAGCAAUGCUCCAUGGCUUGAGCGCCACAGCGGCAGCACUGCGAGCUGCAGCGGAAACACAGGAGAUUGCAUCGAUGUCGGCCAAGGGCUACGAAACAGCGCCAGUUCCAGUGGCUCCACGUUUGGAGUGUGCACAGGUGACUAGGGUCAUCCCCGUGGGCGUGGAUCAUGCUGGAGCUGGAACAACGGUGGUGGACCAUGCUUUCGACAACGCUUUUCUGGAAAGACUGGACGAGCUCUGGAAGCGGCUGCCUUUGGCGCCGAAACAGAAGGCUUCGCCAACAGAUCGAGCCUACUACCAUGAUGUUGAGGGGUGGCUGACCGGCACGAUGAACGAGGCGGUACGAGCAGCGCAGCUCACUGAUGCCGCUGUGACAAUGCCUCACAUGCGCUUCUUGAUCUAUCCGGAGCCGGGUGGAUCGCUUCCCGCACAUGUGGAUCUUUCCAGGACCGAUCAGAACCUGCGCUCCACUUACACCUUCCUGCUCUACCUCAGCGACUGCAAGACAGGUGGAGAGACCACCUUCCUGGAGUGCUUGGAAGGGGAUGAGAACCUGGCGCCCAGUGGCGGCGUCGCCCCAGGCGAGCGAGCAGAGGUGGCCGCUGUGAGCCCCAUGCGCGGGCGACUGCUGCUGAUGCCGCAUGCUUGCCCUCACCUCGCGGCCCCUGUGGUUGAAGUGCCCAAGGUUCUGGUGAGAGGCGAGGUCCUACCACCAGGCGCCAAUGUGGCUCGCGCUGCGCCUGAGCCUGCAACGGCUCAGUCGCUGCAGCAGGUCUACGAAGGCGUGCGAAGCUGCUGGGCUCUGCGCGGAGACAAAAUGCAAGGUGAAAU